AUGCGGUCUCCAUCCGUCUUACCGUUGCUGUUAACACUUGUCUUACUCCUCAACUACUCGCUACAUACCACGGCAACCCCGCUCGGAUUCGAAACCAACGCCCUCGAAAACCAACUUGAAAAGCGCUGCGAGAAUCCAUGUGGUUACAACGGUUGGCUUUGCUGUGAGUCUGGUCAAACAUGCAGUACCAACAGCGCCCAAGAAGCCGUCUGUGUGGAUGGAAGUGGUAGCGGUAGCGGUGGAGGCUAUCAAUAUUAUACCACUACCAUCGUGGUCACCAACACCGAUCUCAAGACCAUUACCUCUGUAUGGAGCAGCCAAAUUCCGGCGGCCACAGGCACAGGUACCUGCAGACUGGACCUUGGCGAGGUCAAGUGCGGCACAACUUGUUGUGAGGCAGCGCAGGAGUGCGUGGAGGGUCAAUGUGUUGCUGAAAGCUCUUCAGUCGCGGUGACUGCGACGGGAACAGAUGCAGAAGCCACGCCGCCCGUGCGAGGCACGAGCAACGGAGCAAGCACCGUCACAGAAACCUCGGCACCGACCACCACAGAAGGAUUCACAGCGCCUGUUGGAACGGACGGCGCAGACUUGAUUGGAGCCCACCCCGCACACGGUGGGGGAGGAUUGAGCGGCGGCGCUAUCGCAGGAAUUGUCAUUGGCAGUAUUGCCGGUGCGUUCUUGUUGUUCCUGCUUUGCGCCUGCAUGUGCUUCAAGGGCAUCCUGGACACUCUCCUUGCAGCACUCGGUAUCGGCGGAAAGCGCCGCAGAAAAGACACAACUUAUGUUGAAGAGCGCCAUUCCCAUCACUCGCACAGUCGGCCUCCACCUCCGGCCCCAGCACGGCGCACGUGGUUCGGAGCCAAGCCAACAGGGGGAGACAGCGAGGUCAGCGAAAAGAAGUCCAAAUGGGGAUGGGGCACGGUUGCCAUCAUCCUCGGUGCCCUUGCUCUGUGCUUGGGAUUGAAGAGAAAGAGAGAAAGAGAGCAUGACGACGACAAGACCGAGUCCUCCUACCCAAGCUCGUAUUAUUACUAUUCCGACUACUACUCAGGCACAGGGACAGAAGCUAUGACCGACGAACUCGAGACUCACGACGAUCGCGACCACCUCGCAGUCGCUCUCGCCGUGGAUGAUAGUUAA